GUGACGUUUCACGUUUCACUAUUCUAUUUAUGUUCCUAUAUCUCUCGGUUUUCCAUAACAUUAAGGUUGCCAUGUAAAUUUAAAAAAAAAUCUUAUCUCCUAUGCUUAUCUGCGAAAUAAUUAAUUGUUUCAUAAUGGUUUGGUGCUGUUUCAGAAGUUUAUUGUUGGUGGUAUGUAUUAGUGCAGUGAAACAGUGAAACGAUAAUGUGCAUUGAAAACACUAUUGUUUUGUGAUUUUGGUAUGUUUUGCAACAUUGUGUCAAUUUAUUUCGUGUGGCCUGUUAUUUUUUGAUAAAGACAGACCAUAAUGGCCAAUGGCCGGACGCAGCUGGCAGGGCCGCUCGACCGUCAGAAGCAUGCAGCUGUUCUAUGAGCUGAAGCAGCUGCACCCCACGGCUUCGGACGCGGCGCUCAACAGCUGCAUAGCCACCUACGUCGGAUCGAGCGGUGGUGGGGGGCAGAGUCAGCUGAUGCGGCUGCUGGAGGAGAACGAGAUCGAAGGGCAGAUGGGACGAUCAACCCCAUCCACCCCCCUGGAACAACCCCAACCCCCAGACAUCAACCCGACCGAAGAAAUUAGCCGAGUCGACACCGUCCCAACGCUUCAAUCGUCCAUCCGACCGCCUAUCAAACGACCCGACUCCCUCGACAUAAAACGCGACACGGAACCAACGCCAUCUAGCGACGACAAACGGAAGCUCGACGAUCGGUCCGAGAGUGAAUUGAGCCGAAUCGACAACGUCGCAGUGUUCGAAUGCUCGCCUCGACCGCUUGUCAAGCCACCCGACACACAACGUAACACGAAUCUAGCGCCAUCUAGCGCCGAUAAACGGAAGCUCCAUGCGCGCGAGUGUGAUACCGAAAUGAGCCGAGUAGACAGCGCCGGAGUGUUAGAAACGUCCACCCGAUCGCUUGUUAAACGACCCGACAGCCUUGACAUAAAACGCGACACGGACCUAGCGCCAUCUAGCGACGACAAACGGAAGCUCGAGUGUAAGUGCGUGGCGCCAUCUAGCGACGAUAAAAGGAAGUUCAACAUCCGCUUGUCGGAGAAGUGUCGGGACGUGCACAAACUGCUGAACUCGGGAGUGUGUGAUAAACCGCCGCGAUCGCCGUCUAGUGUCAAACGUCAAAGUGUUAGAAUUGACAGGUCGCCAGUGGUUGAGCCGGAUGCGCAGAAGCAGGUUGAGGAUCGUUUGGUGGAUGUGCAGAAACGUUCGACUCAGGUCGAGUCGGCCGAGGACCCUCUGCCGGCUAGAAAAGGAACCUCCUCCACCCAGACGACUGACACUCUGGUGGCCAGCCCAGGCAGCGUCAGCCUCUCGGUCGACGUCAACUGCUCCGUUGCCUUGUCGCCUCGGAGGCGGACCUCGUUGGUGCAGUUGGUGCCCGCCCAGCCGUGGCUGCCCAGCCCGUCUGCUUCGUCUCCCAGGAGCUUCACCAGCGUCAACCUCACCCUGAGGCAGCCCGGAGCCACGCCUCUCGACCCCAUCGACAUCACCUCCGAGAACUCCCGCCUCACUUAUUCCACCAGCAGCUUCGACCCUUCCAAGGGCCUGCAGAGCCGGCUGCAGAUCACGGUGGGGCCGGCAGGUGGCGCUGUUUCCUCGGCGAGGGCGCGGCCCAGGAGCUUGCAUUGGGAGGAGCGAGGGGCGGGGCUUAGCGAGGCGGGACUGAGGGGGGCGGGACUUAGAGGGGCGGGGUCGCUGGACGAUCUCGCCGGCAGUUUGGAACCGCCUCUGCUACUGAAUCAGCAAGCUCGGAUAGAGAGGCUGCGGAUAGAAAUGAAAACGCGGAGAGCCAAACUGGAAACGGUGAAACAGGAAAUCGAGGAGUUAGAGAAGAAUAGACUCAGGCUGUCGCGGCAAGACAACGAGAAUCGGUUGUUGAUGGAAAUCAAACAUCUCACGUGGCAGUGCAAAGACUUGGAAUCAGACGGCGAAGCCUUCUACAGCAACAUUUACACCGGUCAACACGGGCCUUUGCUAGACCUCACACCCCGUCAACACAACAGAAGAAGACCGCCGGCACAAUACCCAAACGCGCAGGCGCAAUACCAAAACGCGCAGGCGCAAUACCAGAACGCGCAGGCGCAAUAUCAAAACGCGCAGGCGCAAUCCACCGAUCCAGAAGGUCCCAAAUGGAACUGCGGGCUAUGUACAUUCCUGAACCAUCCGGUGCUGGACAAAUGUGAGCAGUGCGAAAUGCCGAGAAUAGUACACGUUUCUGCAUCUCCUGGAGAUAAUAUCCAUAUACACGUAACGCCUAGGUUGUCAAGAAGAAUUACACACUCCUGGGUAUCAUAGGCCAAAAGAAAACUGCUGCAACUUUUGAUGAUUGCUCACAAAACUGUGUUAAAUAUAUUUUUUUAAGUUUCAGUUGUACUGUACAUAUAAACAAUAUUUUAUUGAUUUAUAAAGGAAUAGCAAAUGCUUAUUUUGA